AUGAGUGUAUGUACCUUAAGUGUACCAGUUUCCUCACUUUCUCCUGGUAGAAGACGUAGCACUUUUAGUGGUGCUGGGAUUCUGGGGUGUGUUCCUAUUACUUCUAAUACAGAUGAAGAAGAUGUGGUAGAGGGAAAGAUGGUAGCAGAAGGAAUGGAUAAAGAGGCAGAAUUGCCCACUAAAAAGAAAAGAAAGAAGGGUUUGCGAAUUAAGGGGAAAAGGCGACGAAAGAAACUGAUCCUUGCGAAAAAGUUUAGUAAGGAUUUGGUAUCUGGGAGGCCAGUUGCAGAUGCCCCUACUUUGUUAGCUUCUAGUGCCCCUGAGCAGGAUGAAGAAAGUCUCUUUGAAAGCAAUAUAGAAAAACAGAUCUAUUUACCUAGUACCAGAGCCAAGACCUCCAUUGUGUGGCACUUCUUUCACGUGGACCCGCAGUAUACCUGGAGGGCUAUUUGUAACCUCUGUGAAAAAAGUGUUAGUAGGGGUAAACCAGGUAGCCAUCUCGGGACAUCUACUCUUCAACGACAUCUGCAGGCAAGGCAUUCACCUCACUGGACAAGGGCCAACAAAUUUGGAGUUACAAGUGGGGAGGAAGAUUUUCCUCUGGAUGCACCUUUAUCUCCCUCUUCUGCUGGAAGCAGUGGAAGCUUUGAAUAUAUCCCUGCUGAUCCAUUAGAUAAUGGAAUGGGUAAGAAACGUGAUAAAUCAGUAUCUGAUGCCCUGAGGGCACAAAGAGGGAGAUUUCUCAUUAAAAGUAACAUUGUCAAGCAUGCCUUAAUUCCUGGAACAAGAGCCAAGACAUCUGCAGUUUGGAAUUUUUUCUAUACUGAUCCUCAGCACAUCUCAAGAGCUGUGUGUAAUAUAUGUAAACGAAGUGUGAGCCGGGGUAGGCCAGGUUCUCAUCUAGGAACUUCAACACUUCAACGACACCUGCAGGCCACUCAUCCCAUCCAUUGGGCAGUUGCCAACAAAGACAGUGGUGCAGUUGGAAAUGGAUUAGAUGAAGCUGAAACUGAGAGAAAUGAUCUCUUGAGUGACACUUUGCAUGGAGAGAAGUCUGCAGGCGGCCAAGAUGCAGCUGAGCACCUUAGUGACUCUGAUUCAGAUGAACCUCCUGUAUUAGAGGUUGAAAAUAGAAGAUCUGAGAGUCCUACUCCUGUUGCAGAGCAAGACACUCAAAUGCAUGCACAAGAGCAAGAAACAGCAUACUGUGAGAAUUCAACUUCAAGUCAAAUAAGUCAGGCAGUUAUUCAAAUGAUUGUGGAAGAUAUGCAUCCUUACAACUAUUUCUCAACCCCAGCCUUUCAGAGGUUCCUGCAGAUUGUGGCCCCUGACUAUAGGUUACCGUCUGAAACUUUCUUUUUCACUAAGGCUGUACCUCGAUUAUACGAUUCUGUCAGAGAAAAAAUUUUCUUAACUUUGGAGAAUGUUCAGACCCAAAAGAUUCACCUGACUGUGGACAUAUGGACCCAUGACCCAUCCACUGACUAUUUCAUUGUGACAGUACAUUGGGUCUCUUUGGAAACUACACCUUCUUUCAAUAAUGGCAGGAUCCCCAACUUUAGAAGGUGGGCAGUUCUUUGUGUAACAGGUUUAGCCAAAAACUGUUUGAUAACCAACAUUUUACAAGAAUUAAAUGACCAGAUUGGUCUGUGGCUUUCUCCUAAUUUCCUCAUCCCUAGCUUCAUUGUUUCUGACAGUUCUUCUAGUGUAGUACACGCAGUCAAAGAUGGCGGUUUUACCCACGUGCCAUGCUUCCUGCGUUGUUUAAAUAUAGUCAUUCAGGACUUUUUCUGUGAGCACAAAAGCAUUGAGAACAUGUUAGUGGCUGCCAGGAAAACCUGUCAUCAUUUUAGUCAUUCGGUCAAGGCCCGUCAGAUACUGCAAGAGUUCCAAAAUGAUCACCAACUUCCAUGGAAAAAUUUGAAACAAGAUGAAGCUGGCCAUUGGAUUUCUACCUUUUAUAUGUUAAAAUGGCUCUUGGAGCAUUGCUACUCAGUUCACCAUAGUCUUGGUAGAGCCAGUGGAGUUGUGCUCACCUCCCUUCAGUGGACUCUAAUGACAUAUGUUUGUGAUAUUCUUAAACCAUUUGAGGAGGCCACCCAGAAAGUGAGUGUGAAGACCAUAGGAUUGAAUCAGGUGCUACCCCUCAUCCAUCAUCUACUCCUUUCCCUGCAGAAACUCAGAGAAGAUUUUCAAGUCAGAGGUAUUACUCAGGCCCUCAAUCUGGUAGACAGUUUAUCUCUGAAACUUGAAACUGACACCCUACUAAGUGCCAUGCUCAAAUCCAAGCCCUGUAUCUUGGCUACUUUGUUAGAUCCUUGCUUUAAAAACAGUUUGGGAGACUUUUUUCCUCAAGGUGCUGAUUUGGAAACUUAUAAGCAGAUCCUUGCAGAAGAAGUUUGUAACUAUAUGGAAUCUUCACCAGAGGUCUGCCAUAUUGCAACUUCAGAAGCUUCUGGCCCCUCAGCUAUAGUAGGAGCUGAUUCAUUUACCUCAUCUAUAAGAGAAGACACCUCCAUUUCAGGAUCUGUUGAUAGUUCAGCUGCAGAUACUGUUGCCAUUGGAGGCAAAAGCUUCAUGUUUCCUUCUGCUAUGGCAGUGGUGGAUGAAUACUUCAAAGAGAAGUAUUCAGAGAUCUCAGGGGAUGAUGACCCUUUGUUUUAUUGGCAGAAGAAGGUGAACGUAUGGCCAGCUUUGACCCAAGUUGCUAUUCAGUAUCUGAGCUGCCCCAUGUGUAGUUGGCAAUCUGAAUGUGUCUUUACUGCAAAUAGCCACUUUCAUCCAAAGCAGAUCAUGAGCCUGGACUUUGAUAAUAUAGAACAGCUGAUGUUUCUGAAAAUGAACUUGAGAAAUGUUAACUAUGAUUAUUCUGCAUUGGUUCUAAGCUGGGAUCCUGAGAAUGAAGUUAUUCAACGCAAUGAAAAAGAAAUAUUAUCUUAA